AUGGCCAGCCUAAAUUUCUAUUGCCAUGCUUACCUUAUAAUGAUUUCUUUUGCUGUCUUGUUAACAGCUGAGAUUGGAGCAAGCGAUGAUGCAGGGUCACUCCUUGGAGGGAAGAAGUUGAUAAUUGGUGUCCCUAAGAAACCAAGCUUCAUCCAGUUUGUGGAUGCACAACUGAAUCCUUUCAACAAGACUCAGCUCUUGAAUGUUACUGGCUAUUCAAUUGACGUUUUCUUGGCUACAAUAGCUUACCUUCGGCGUUCAAAUUACAAUAUUUCCUACGAGUUUAGUGCUUUUGUCGACAAAAGUGGAAAAACUAGUGGGGGUUAUGAUGGACUCGUCUACGAGGUUCACCAAGGAAAGUACGAUGCUGCAGUGGCGGAUUUGACGAUCGUGGCAAACAGGUCGAACUUCGUAGAUUUUACGUUGCCAUAUGCACAGUCUGACCUCAGGAUGCUUGUGAAAGGUCGACAUGAUCCACGCUUGAAUAUGUGGAUUUUUGUACGACCAUUUACCUGGGACAUGUGGUUAUGCAUUGUCGUGGUUUGUAUUUUCACGGGGGCUGUCAUAAUAUUCAUGGAAUGCAAUGUCCAGGAAGGUUCAACACGCCAAAAUUCUUCAAUCAAAAAGCAACUUAGUGGGGUUUCUAUCUUGUGGCUUCCCGUAGUGCAAGCGGUUUUUCCUGAAAGAGAAUCAUUGGCCAAAAAUUGUUCUAGGUUUGUGCUGGUGAUGUGGCUGAUUCUAGUAUUUGUACUGAUGCAAAGUUACACGGCAUGCCUGUCAUCAAUCUUGACCGUACAUCAGCUACAACCUCGUUUUUCUAGUGAGUAUGAAAUUAGAACAGAUCCCAACAUUUACGUUGGAUGCCACUAUGGCUCAUUCAUCCGCGGCUUACUGGUUGAUAGCUUGAAGAUUGAUAGUUCAAGGGUGAAGGAAUACGCUGGCAUCGAAAGUUACAAGGAGGCCUUGGACAAAGGAAGCCGUAAAGGUGGCGUCGAUGCAAUUUUUGACGAAGUUCCCUACAUGAAAGUCUUCCUUAAGAAAUAUGGUUCAAAUUAUGCCAUGGUUGGGCCUAGGCACCGCACUGGUGGAUUUGGCUUUGCAUUUCGUAAGAAUUCCACCUUAACCUCGUACUUCUCUCAAGCGAUAUUAAAUGUAAGCGAGAGUAAUGAAAUGGACUGCAUCGAGGAUAACUAUUUUAAAACUCAUGACGCUAAUGAUGGCGUAUCUACUUCAUCGUUAGAUGGUGAUAGUGCCAGCCUCAGCGCAUACAGCUUUGCAGGUUUGUUUGUGGUGUUUGGAAUUCUUUCACUGCUAGCUUUGUUAGUCUCUGAACAUCGUGUUUGGAGAAGACAUGUUAUGCUAAUGAAAAUGUAUAGCAAUGGAUUGUUGGGUCGGAGUUGUACAAGAAUUAAUCCGUCAGAGGAAAGUUCUACAGCAAGAAGAAAUGUUGAGGAUGGAGAAGGUUCUAUAAACAGAGAAAAUAUUGGAUCAGAAGAUGGAUACUAUAACCACGCAAAGAUAUUGGUGGCAUCUCUUCCUUAAGCGGCUACUUAGCUAAGACAUUGCUUGGAUAAUUAAUUUAGUAUGUAGUGAUAUCGGAUCAACUCCUAAUAAGUUUUAAGAUUUAGAGUAAUCAGUUUGUGUGAAGUAGUAAUAGUCAAGUUGUAUACGAAAACCAUGUAUAUUUCUUUUU